AUGGCAUCAUCAUCGUCCCAGUUCGCAUUCUCCCUGCACGACGGCAGCCUCACCGUCGGCGGAGCCGUGCUCCUCUCCGGCGUGCCGUCCAACGUCGCGCUCUCGCCGUUCACGAUCGACCCAUCGUCCUCCGACGCGCCGGCGCACCUUCUCGAGCAGGCCACGGCCGCGGCAGGCCGCGGCGCCUUCCUCGGCUUCACGGCCCCGGCCGCCACCGACCGCGCGCCGUGCCGCAUAGGCCUGCUGGCCGGCCGGAGGUUCCUCAGCGUGUUCCACUUCAAGACGUGGUGGAGCACCAUGCACGCCGGCGACCCCGGCCGCGACGUGCAGCCGGAGACGCAGUGGGUGCUCCUCGACGCCCCCGAGCUCGGCCCCGGCGGGUGCGUCUUCGUGCUCCCGCUCGUGCAGGGCAGCUUCCGGUCGGCCAUCUUCCCCUCCGAGGACGUCGAGGACGGCCUCGUGCUCUGCGCCGAGAGCGGAUCGCCGGCUGUCACCGGCUCGGACUUCGGGCGCAUAGCCUACGUGCACGCCGGCACCGACCCCUACAAGGUCAUCCGCGAGGCCUACAUGGCCGCCCGGGUGCACCUCGGCACCUUCAAGCUCAUGGAAGAAAAGGCCCUGCCGCCCAUGGCGGAGCGGUUCGGGUGGUGCACCUGGGACGCGUUCUACCUCACCGUCGACCCCGCCGGCGUCUGGCAGGGCGUCUCGGAGUUCACCGACGCCGGCGUGCCGCCCCGCUUCAUCGUUAUCGACGACGGCUGGCAGAGCGCGAAUCGUGACGACGACCCGCCACAUGCCGACACGCCGGGGCUCGUCCUCUGCGGCGAGCAGAUGACGGCACGCCUCUACCGCUUUGACGAGGGCGAGCGCUUCAGGCGGUACAGGGAGGGUGGCGACGGCGGCGAGGCGGGGCUGAAGGCGUUCCUCAAGGACAUGAGGCAGAGGUUCCCAUCGCUGGACGACGUGUACGUGUGGCAGGCGCUCUGCGGCUCGUGGGGCGGCGUGCGUCCGGGCACGGCGGCACUGGACACGGUGGUCGAGCCCGCGCGCCUCUCCCCCGGCCUGGCGGGCACCAUGGACGACCUGGCCGUGGACCGCAUCGUGGAGGGCGGCAUCGGGCUGGUGCAGCCGCAGCACGCCGGGAAGCUGUACGACGCCAUGCACUCGUACCUGGCCGGCGCCGGGGUUACGGGCGUGAAGGUGGACGUGAUGAACACGCUGGAGUACGUGUGCGCGGAGCACGGCGGCCGCGUGGAGCUCGCCAAGGCCUACUACGCCGGGCUGUCGGAGUCCGUCGCGGCCAACUUCGAAGGCACGGGCAUGAUCGCGAGCAUGGAGCAGUGCAACGACUUCUUCUUCCUGGGGACGAGGCAGGUGGGCAUGGCGCGCGCCGGCGACGACUUCUGGUUGGGCAACGGCGACGACGCAUACUGGCUGCAGGGCGUGCACAUGGUGAACUGCUCGUACAACAGCCUGUGGAUGGGCCAGUUCGUGCGGCCGGACUGGGACAUGUUCCAGUCGGACCACGUCUGCGCCGCCUUCCACGGCGCCUCCCGCGCCGUCUCCGGCAGCCCCAUCUACGUCAGUAACUCGCUGGGAUGCCAUGACUUUGCCCUGCUCAAGACCCUCGUGUUCCCGGACGGUACCCUGCCGCUGUGCCUCCACUAUGCACUGCCCACCAGGGACUGCCUCUUCAAGAACCCUCUCUCGGACCAGGAGACUGUCCUCAAGAUGUGGAACCUCAACAAGUUUGGAGGCGUGAUCGGGGCGUUCAACUGCCAGGGAGCCGGAUGGGACCCGGCGGAGCGCCGCAUCCGAGGCCACGCGCACUGCUACAAGCCGGUCUCCGGCGAGGUCCACCCGACCGACGUCGAGUGGUGGCAGAGGGAAGAGACGGCAGGCAUGGCCGACGCGGCGGAGUACGCCGUGUACAAGCACCACUCUGGGGAGCUGGUCCUGAUGACCCCUCAGUCGGAGCCCAUCCACUUCACCCUGCAGCCAUCCUCGUACGAGAUCUUCACAUUUGCUCCGGUGGCAGGAGGCGCCUCCCACUUUGCGCCGGUCGGUGUGGUUGACAUGCUCAACUGCGGUGGCACCAUUGCUGAUGUGGUUGUCGGCGGCGAUGGUGGCGCGGAGGUGAUGGUGAAGGUGAAGGGGGCGGGGCGGCUGGUGGUCUAG